AUGGCGGCCUCUCUUCCAGCCAAGUUGAAGAUCAAGGAGAUCACGCCCUUUGCGGUACGUGCGUCUCAACUGGAAAAGCACAAGCCCAUCGUAUCGUACUGGUGCAACUACUACAUCAUCGACCAGAUCCUCUCCAAGAGCCUGCACUCGGUCGACGAUGAGUGCAUGCAGUACACGACGGCUCUUAUGGACAAGCUGGAGCAGGUCAAGACGGAACAGGCAGGCAACGAUGCCAUUCUCGACGACAUUGCAGCCAAAGCGUACAUUGAGCAGUUCGCUCUUGACACGUUCCAACGCGCCGACGACGCAAUCCACGCCAAUCAGGCCUCACGUCAGACCAUCGACACCUUCCAGGCUGCAGUCACCUUCUUUGAUCUCCUCACCAUGUCCAUCUGGGCUCCCGUGGACCCUGACAUUACGGCAAAGUCAAAGUACGCAAAGUUCCACGCUGUCCGCAUCGCCAAAGCCAUCAAGGCUGGCGAGGACCCCAACGCCUCGAACCCUGUCAGAGAAGAGGCGACAAUCGACGCUGCCCAAGACACACACCAUCCUCCUACCGUCGAGAGCGCUCCCGAGAGCCAGUACCCUUCACGUCCGGCUUCCGUCCACCAACCUGAUGCCACGACUUCAGCCCCCACUCAAGAUGCAGUCUCGCCUGUCGAAUCUACCACGAACCCCCGUCAGAACUCGAUUGGCGGUGGCUACUUCCCAUCUGCUCCAGCCUACGUCCCACAUUCGGCCGACAACGCGCCUUCCACCAAUCCAGGCACUCCUUUCGUGACUUCAGCUCCGUCGCCAGCUAUGGACCAAGGCUCCACUUCGCCCUCGCAAUUCUACUCGCAGCCUACCCAACCACCUGCCUCCAUACCUAUGCACACUCCCGCCGUUGUUCUGCCUCAGGCUGCAGCUCCCGCUCCACUGCCGCCAGUACAGGCUGUCGCCCCUGGAAGUUAUCGCACUGAUGAUGAUUCCAUCGCCUUGGCUCAGAAACAUGCCAAGUUUGCCAUGUCUGCUCUUAACUUCGACGAUGUCAACACCGCUGUUAAGGAGUUGAGACUAGCGCUCCAGACCCUGGGUGUAAACUAG